CCGACCUUGCCCGGCUCCGGUUGGCUUUUGAAUAUCUGACCGGGGAUUCCUGCGCUGCCUCCCGAUGGCUGCAGCGGGCGGACUGGACAGCUGUCUGCAGCGGGCCAGAUCUCAAAGUGACCCGAACAUCCUCACCGAACCGGACAUCGAUUUGGCGCACAGCGCAGUGGAAGUGUUGGACCAGCAGAGGGUGCUGAGGACAGGUUGCCUGGUGACAGGGGUGCACACACCGCCGAUCCGCCGGAACAGCAAGCUGGCCACCCUGGGGCGCCUCUUCAAGCCCUGGAAGUGGCGGAAAAAGAAAAACGAGAAGCUGAAGCAGAGCUCCACAGAUGUAGCGUUAUCCAGCAGUCUUCUAUGCCACGACCCCAGCUCUCCUACUCAGGGCUGCUGCUCAGACGGCGGCGUCCUGCUCGGAGGCUUCGGGGGACCUCUGACACCAAACCUCACAGUGAGCAGUGUGGAAUACCUCGGCCCUGAGGAGGAGCUCCCCCCUCCAGUAGCUGCUCCUCUUCAGGACUGCGAACGUGUGAAUGAGAACCUCCCACUGCCAGAGGAGGAUGGAAGAGAGGCGCACCCCGCCAGUGACUUGCUUGAGGGGCUGCAGGAAGAGGCUGUGCACAUGGAAGAAAAACCAGAAGAGGAGAUUCCGCCAGGAACGUCUCCACCACAAGUACCUCCUAAACUGUUGUCUCAGAUGAGUCAUGGAGAAGAUUCAGGACCUGUGUCGCUUCCUGCUCACCUGCCCAACUCCUACCUCCCCAAGGAGCCUCCACGGGCCACAGAAAGUCUGGUUUCUAUGACCCUGCCACUGCGAGGGCCCCUCUCCAACCCCUCAGGGUCCCCACAUCUCGGCAAUAUGCACCCUCCAAUGCCCCCUAGCUGCAUUAUGGAAGAACUGCAGAGAGCCUUUGCUUCGAAGAACAGACAGGAGAGUGUCCGUGACGGGUGUGAGCAGGGCUCACCUCCCAGGCUGUGGUGCUCAGACGGACGACUGUCUCGCUCCUGCAGCUCGGAGAACCAACACGGCUCCUCUGGGGGCGGCUGUGUGGGAGGCGGCGGGUCUGACUGGCCCAAGGAGGCUGAGGAGAAUAAGGAGAACGUACGGCUGGACCAGUGCUUCUCCAACACCUCAGGCCUCCCCACUGACCUGGACGGCUGGAACGAGUCCGUCAUCUCCGGUGGGUUGGACAACUUUCAGAAAUGUAGUUUACAUGUAUUGUGGUCCAGCUUCACCAGCACGAAUUCACAGUCAUGUGACGGCAUCAUGGACGUUGAGGAUGGAAAACUAACCCUGGCUUCAUUCUCUCUCUCUCUUUCUUCCCACCUCAUUUUUUAUCUACAUACUUGGUCGGUUUCCUGCCAUUUCCUCCUUCUGGUCAACUCUUGGGCCUUCUCCACUCACGCUGCAGUGGAAGUGUUGGACCAGCAGAGGGUGCUGAGGACAGGUUGCCUGGUGACAGGGGUGCACACACCGCCGAUCCGCCGGAACAGCAAGCUGGCCACCCUGGGGCGCCUCUUCAAGCCCUGGAAGUGGCGGAAAAAGAAAAACGAGAAGCUGAAGCAGAGCUCCACAGAUGUAGCGUUAUCCAGCAGUCUUCUAUGCCACGACCCCAGCUCUCCUACUCAGGGCUGCUGCUCAGACGGCGGCGUCCUGCUCGGAGGCUUCGGGGGACCUCUGACACCAAACCUCACAGUGAGCAGUGUGGAAUACCUCGGCCCUGAGGAGGAGCUCCCCCCUCCAGUAGCUGCUCCUCUUCAGGACUGCGAACGUGUGAAUGAGAACCUCCCACUGCCAGAGGAGGAUGGAGAAGAGGAGGCGCACCCCGCCAGUGACUUGCUUGAGGGGCUGCAGGAAGAGGCUGUGCACAUGGAAGAAAAACCAGAAGAGGAGAUUCCGCCAGGAACGUCUCCACCACAAGUACCUCCUAAACUGUUGUCUCAGAUGAGUCAUGGAGAAGAUUCAGGACCUGUGUCGCUUCCUGCUCACCUGCCCAACUCCUACCUCCCCAAGGAGCCUCCACCCAGGGCCACAGAAAGUCUGGUUUCUAUGACCCUGCCACUGCGAGGGCCCCUCUCCAACCCCUCAGGGUCCCCACAUCUCGGCAAUAUCAUGCACCCUCCAAUGCCCCCUAGCUGCAUUAUGGAAGAACUGCAGAGAGCCUUUGCUUCGAAGAACAGACAGGAGAGUGUCCGUGACGGGUGUGAGCAGGGCUCACCUCCCAGGCUGUGGUGCUCAGACGGACGACUGUCUCGCUCCUGCAGCUCGGAGAACCAACACGGCUCCUUGCUGGGGGGCGGCUGUGUGGGAGGCGGCGGGUCUGACUGGCCCAAGAAGGAGGCUGAGGAGAAUAAGGAGAACGUACGGCUGGACCAGUGCUUCUCCAACACCUCAGGCCUCCCCACUGACCUGGACGGCUGGAACGAGUCCGUCAUCUCCGGCACACUUCCUCGCAGGCUAAGGAAGGAGCUGCUGGCUGUCAAACUACGCAACCGGCCCAGCAAGCAGGAGCUGGAAGACCGGAAUAUCUUCCCAGCAAGGAGUGACCAGGAACGCCAGGAAAUACGCCAACAGAUCGAGAUGAAACUUGCCAAGAGACUGAGCCAGAGGCCGAACGUGGAGGAGCUGGAGAGUCGGAACAUCCUCAAACAGAGAAACGACCAGACAGAGCAGGAGGAGAGACGAGAGAUCAAACAGCGACUAAACAGAAAGCUCAACCAGCGGCCCACAGUGGAUGAACUGCGUGACAGAAAGAUCCUGAUCCGCUUCAGUGACUAUGUGGAGGUGGCCAAAGCUCAGGACUACGACAGGAGAGCAGACAAACCCUGGACUCGGCUCUCGGCAGCAGACAAAGCUGCAAUUCGGAAAGAGCUAAAUGAGUUCAAAAGCACGGAGAUGGAAGUGCACGCCUCCAGCAAACAUCUAACGAGGUUUCACCGCCCAUGAAAUCGACGUGUUUCUUCUGUGAAGAAAUGUCGAGUUUGGAAAUGUUCUGCAGCUGCCUUGAUGCUGCUCAGCAGCAGCGGCUCAAAGAGGCCUGGAGCCUUUUUGUCUUCAGAGUGUCUUUAAUAAUCUUGCAGCACCUCUUUGCUGUCGUUCUGACACAGUAGGGGGGCAGAGGUGUUGCAGGACGGUGGCUCCUGGGGGAGCGUUUGCGGCAGCGUGUCCGGAGGACAGCUGGGCGUGGCCACGCGGAGGCUGGCUGGUGGGAGAUGACUUUGGUGAACCUUCUGACUGUCGUGGCAAGAGCUUGAGGAAAAUAGUCUUGUCAGUCAGUCAGUGUUGGGUUUUUUUUUUAACUACUUCAUGGACUCCUUUGAUGAGACGUAGGAAAUCUGUGUCAUGGGAAGAAGUUGUGCAUGUGACCAGCUACACCUUUUUGUAACUGAUGAAUAACAUGUCACUUGGACAGUGGCAUCUGGGGAAAGGUUGUGUUUGGGGUGGAGAAUUUGAUAUGAACUGUACAUACAGUACGUCAAUCUGAAUGGAUCGUCAAUGUCUUCAAUGAAAAGAGAGCGACACCUUUGUAAGCACUUUUGCUCUUCAAAA